UGAUGUGUCCGUCGGGACUAGGAUGGCGGAAAGGAAGCAGCCCAAGGAUAGGUGGAACCAGAGCCCAUCACAGACACAGCCAGAGCCUAUGACAGGCAGAACCAACUAAUCUUCCCUGAUGAGUUCUACAAAGAUGGCUGCCGUUAUUGGGGGAAUUUCCCGGCUUUUUCAGCCAACAAUUGGGGUACUGUCCGCAGAGAAGCUCUGCCAGGGUCUCAAUCCAUGGUACUUUCUCAUUGGCCUUCGCAUGGUGACCCUCUUUUUCGCCUUUGGGCCCUGGGACUCCCUGAAGAGUGACAUGGUUUGUCAGUGGCCCUCAGACACUGGGGAUGCAAAAACGUUCUGCUCAGUACUCUGCUAUAACCAGCUGUUCCCUAUCCCCAUCUCUGCUGUGUGGUCCUUCUACUUCAUUGCCAUCAUCUUCACUGUGGCACUCAUGAAGUUUGUCUACGUUCAGUCGAAAGACGCUUCGGGAAAGGACGUGGAAGAAGAGCCGAGACCUUCUUUCGGAACUGAAGCAGACGCCGGGUGUUGCGAAACCCAAAGCCAACCUAAGUUUGGUGGCUGGAGGUACGGGAUCUACAUCUUCAGCAUAGUCUUGAUUUUGGCCAUGGAGCUAAGCUUCAUAUGGAUUCUGAUUGGCCUCCAGUUGCCCAUUAUGACACAAGGAAUUGUCACGUGCCGCCCAAACAACCCAGCAUGUCCCCCCUCUGCCCAGUGUGCUCUGAAUGGCCAAUCUGACAAGCAGGGCAUUUUGUGGGCUCUGGCCUUUUGUGCAGCAGCCAACGCGUGUGUCUGCAUUGGCUAUCUGGCCACCCCUGCCUGUCAGGCUUGUGGCUACGGUGGGGGCAGUGGCAGUGGCAGCACGGGGGCAGCCAGGGCUGCUUGCCAAGGCAACCGUGGCAGAGAGGCUGUGGGUCAGGGCUGUCGCUGUAAUGGGGCAGGUUGUCACCAUUGCCAGGGUGACGGUGGGGCAUGGGCGAGGGCAUACGGAUGCCGGAGUGAUGGUGGCAUGGGGACAGCAGGAUGCGGGUGCCAGCUGGAGGGAGCAAAGUGUUGCUGUCGUCAAGGCAAUGGCAGGGAAGUGGCCUGUGGCUGUCCAGAGAACAGGUGUUGCCCCUGCUACUUCCAGGGAAAUGAAGCAGGCCAAAGCCGGAACUCCAUGGCCAGCAAGGAAGAUUCAGAGGGGAAAUUACUAAGGGGAGACAUAGAACUGGGGGCUGAAAGAAAGAACUGGGGAAUGAUUGAUGGGAAGAUGCAAAUGAGAGAGCCAGUGAGGAUUGGGACCAAGACAGGCCAAGGGAGCCCAGGAGGAAGGAAGACAGUAACAUAUGUGGCAAAAUAUCAGACAUGGGGAAAGCGGAGGUUGUAG